UGGUUGUUGCUGCCGAACAGUGUACUUUACAUUCGCAUCUGUUUGCCGCUUGCAAAAACUACUGACAUCUGCGUUGCCUGACCAGACGGUUCAGUGUAACACUGGGGCCGGCUCGGCUGCUUAAUAAAAUCCAAAUCGCCUCGCAUACAAAAAUAUUUUGUAUUUUAUUUAAUGGCAGCCAAAGUCACAGCCAGUGAUAAGAGCGAGGGCCAGGAGCCUACCUCCAAGGCAGAGAAAGUACCCCCCCUGGACCAAAUCGAACAGGAUGCCAAGGAAACUGAUGCAGAGUCAAGUGAGCCGGCCAAAAGAGAUGCCGCCGCCGGUGGUCGCAAACGCAAACGGCAUUUGUACAAUUCCAUUCGCAGCCAAAUGGAGUUUUAUUUUGGCGAUGCGAAUCUGACUAAAGAUCGCUUCCUGCGGCGCUAUGUGGACCAGGAUCCUUAUGUUCCCCUGGAGAUCUUUCUCACGUUCAACAAAAUGAAGCCGCUCGCCGAGGAUGUAAAGCAGAUAGCCAAGGCAUUAAACAACUCCCAGCUGUUGGAGUUGGAUGAGAGCGCCCUGAAGGUACGCCGCAAGACCAAGCUGCCCGACCAGCGCGACGUCAAUGACAAGACGCUGUAUGUGGAGGCCCUGCCGGCAAAUGCCAGCCACGAUUGGCUGAAGGAAGUCUUCAGUCGCUAUGGCCCUGUGGCCUAUGUAUCGCUACCUCACUACCCAGGCACCAAGAAGAUCAAGGAGUUUGCCUUCAUCGAGUUCGAACGCAGCAGUGCCCUGGAGAAGGCGGUAAAAGCCUUUGCCCAGGUCCAGGGUGUCCUAUCCCUUGACACAGACCCAGCCGUUUUGGCUAGCGUUCGCUCAUUUCAGCAGCAACAACAGCAGGCCAAAAAUGUUGAUGCAUCGCAGGAGGAUGCCAACAAGCGGGGUCGCAAGAGAGACCUUGCCUCGUGCAGGGCCAAGGAGGAAGAUCAGCAUGACAUUAAGCGUAUCAAGCUGGAACACCAGCCUAGCGAGACAUCCACUGCCGAAGAGACCGCAAGUGAAUCGGACCAGGAGGCCUCAACGGCGGAGGAGGAGGAGAACGCCGCGAAAGAUGAUCAAACAGCUGGCGAGGGGGAGGGAGCUGGAGAUGGAGAGGCUGACGAAGCAAAGAAGCGUCGCCGCAAGCGCAAGAAGAAGGCCAUCAUAGACAAGCCCAACAUUGAUCCCACCGCCGUAGAGCUGAAGGUCUUACCAAAGACUAGCUGGUGCAGUCUGCGCAACAAAUACCUCAAUCUGCAGCGUCGCCUGGUCAGCGAGGCGAAGGCCAAGUUGUGGCGCGAGUCGCAGCAGCAACAGUUGGAUCCCAAUCAUCCACGCAAGCGCACACCCAUGCAGGCGACUGGCGGCCAGCAGUUAUCGGAGACGAAGACUAACAGCACGAACGCGAGCGUUGGCGGUGGUGGUGAGGAGGGCGAGCCGCUCAGCGAUGCCGAUGAUGGCGGUGGGGCGACGGAGGCCAGCGUGCCCGUGCCGCCAAAGCGUCGCAAGGCUGUCCACAAAAUGAACAUGAAUUUCUAUGGAGCCGGUGGCGGAGAGACGGAUGACAGUCGCAGCGCCGUUCGCACCGAGGAUCCCUCCCAGGAGCGCACACCGCUCUUCAAGUACGAGCCGGGGCUCAUUGUCGAGUGCACGCUGCAUGAGCCGUGCACCAACAUCAAAGAGUUCAAGACCGACAUGCGCCAAUAUCCGGAUAUCAAGUAUGUGGACAUUAAAGAGGGUGAUCAAGCGGCCACCUUGCGCAUGGCUACACCUACCGCCGCCGAGGAGUUGGUGCGCCAGCUGAGCUGUGCCGAGAGGCAACUGAAGGUGCUAGAUGGCCAGGCCGAGACCCAGUACUGGCGCAAAAUCGAACAGGAUCGCGAAGCGAAGCUCACCAAGAAGGUGCGCGUACAGCAAAGGCGGGGGCGCGAGAAGGUAUCCAAAGUGCUGGCCAAGCACACAAAAUUCGACGAUGGCGAUGACGAUGUGGGUGCCGUUUGCGAGCCAUCCUCUGGCCCCCCAACAGAGGCAUAG